CCAAGCCAAAAGGUUGUGCGCCUCGCAACAGCAACAGCCACAGCGAAACCAAAAAGCAACAGGAGCCACAGCAACAGGAGCAACAGCAACAGCACGGCAGCAACAGCACGGCAGCAACAUCAACAGUUCAGCAGUUCGAAAUCGAAUACUGCAACGCUGGCCAACGUGCAACAAGUCAAAGGACAAUACGUUUUUUUUUUCAAUGUGUGAACAAAUGUGUGUUUGUGUCGAAUUACAUGUAAUAAGAGUAUUUAUUUUUUUGUGAACCGAAAGCAAUGCAAUAGUUAUCCGAGCACCCCCAUCGAAUCACUCAAACUACCUGAAAGCAGCCACAAAAAGUACAACAAAUCAGAACAUACUUAUACCUGAUCUACACAUCAUAUCUAGCCCAUAAUAAGCCAAAUAAAGCCCUACACUGAGGACCUGACAAGCAACAGAUGCUUUAACAUUGAUCAAAAAACCGCAGAUGCCAGGGUGACUUUAAAUGACAAAGCCCAGGGAAAAGAAAUCAUAAGCCAAAAAAGGUAACCAAAACCGAGGAAACCGAGCUCAAACGAGGCAGAAACCAGUUAAGAAGACAAAAUAAACAUUGUAUCUCUAUGUGUGUGUAGCAAACCAAUCAAUCAGUAUCCCACUCCAAAAAAAAAAAAAACCCCCGCCCCAUUCAAUGUUAAAGAAACCAAUACCAAGACCUAAUCACCGCACUUUCGGCUAGCCGAAAACCCCGAAAGAAAGUGCAGCGCAAUUUGUAAACGAAAAAAAAGGAUAUAUAGGAGGAUAUAUGACCUGCUAAGAAAAAAAAAAAGAAAAGAAAGAGAGGAGGGCCGCAGGAGCGGCUGGCGAAUAAAAGGAUACCGCUCACUUUCGAGGAUCGGCGGGCGCUGCCACAGAAACCGGAACAUGCGCCAUGUCAAAACUGCGGCAUUACCGGUCCAUGGAUCAGCCCUGCAGCAGCACCUCCGUGGUCAUACGCAAAAAGACUAUGACAGCCAUUUGCUUCGUGUGCAACCUGCCCAUCAUGUCGCACCAAGUGGGUUUGGUGUGGCAGGGCGGCAACGGCUGGGACGAUCUUGUGCGCGAACAGCUGGAGGAGUCCACCAUUCGUCAGCGGCUGGGCGGGCGGCGGGACUCGGCGGCGCAGAUCACCACCCCGCCGAGCACCUCGCCGCCGCCGGGACUGCAGCGUCGGCGGCGCAGCUCGCUGGCCCAGCUGACGGACAUACUGCGCGAGUGGAGCGGCGGCACCAACAAGCAGCAGCAGCACCACCAGCAGCAGCAGCAACAGCAGCAGCAGCAGCAGGCGUCCCGCUCCAAGGCGCAGCUGAAUCGCCGCGAAACGCUGGCGGACCUGGCCCGCAGUCUCCCCUGGCGCACCUCCACCACCACGGACGCCAGUACGGGGGCGGGUGGGGGCGGGGUGGGGUCGAGUGGUGGCACCUGCACCACCUACAUGGCGCCACGCAAGCGGCGCGAGUCCUCGGCGGACUCCGGCAUCCGGAGCAUGAGGUCGCGGCGGGACUCCAAUACCGCCGAGUUCGUGCGGCACUGGAACAGGAGGGAGAGCGGGGCAGUUGAGGAGCAGUCCAGCAGCUGUGUCGCCGUGCCCGUCGUCGUCGAGUGCUCUAAAAGCGCAUCCCGGCGCGGAUCCGGUGAGAGCUACCUGUCCGGCAGUCGGCGCGACAGCAAUGUGGCCGGGCGGGUGACCACGCCCCCGCCGCCGGGCAAAUACCAAAUGGCCAAGAAGCGGGACUCUUUGGCCGCCCCCGAAUUCCCCAACUUCCGGCAGGAGCAGCGACCGUCCACCAGCUCCGCCGGCUCCUGCUCGGACCACUCCAUGCCCCUGAUAUCGACGCACUCGAGCACUCACCACCUCCACCUGGCCCACCAGCAGGUGGACUCCGCCUGCCAGGCUCUGCCACCGCCGACGAUCAUCACCAGCUCGGUGACGCCGCCGGCGACGAGUCCCACGGCGCCGAAGGGACGCCGCGACUCGCAGACGCAGUGCGGCCGGGUGAAUCGGCGCGACUCGAAGGCGGGCGUCAGUCCGGAGCGGGCGCCACGCCUCCAGCGGCUGCAGCGCCAGGCGACCGCCUUCGACGAGGGCUGUCUGCCGGGCGGCGGCGGCGGCGCUGGCGGCAGUAGGCGUGGCUCGCAGCCCGCCCUCAGCCCAGAUCCGCCGGACGAUUGCGGGGAGCGGCGAACCUCGCGGCGGGACUCCCUGUCGCCGGAUAGUGCAUCGCGGGGCGGUCGCCGGGAUUCGCGGACGCACCUUUCGCCGGACCGCAGCCACGAGCGGGACGGUAGUCCGCGACGGCACACCCUGCGCCGGCAGAGCAGCUCGGCGGCCCGCUCACCCAGGUCGCCGGACUCGAACAGCUGCUGCUCCUCGAGAGACCCCAGCCCGUGCUCCCGUCCGCAGACGCAGACCACCGUGGAGCAGAACCAGCGGCCGGCCAUCCGGCGGCAGUCCACCACCGAGGAGAUCCUCAUCGCCCGCGGAUUCCGGCGGCAGUCGACCACCGAGGAGAUGAUCCGCUGCCGCAACUUCCGGCGACAGAGCUCCCAGAGCGACGACGUCUGUCGUUAUCGCGGCAGGCGUGACUCCUCGGCGCAGAUAAUCGAUGGAACCAUCGGCACCAUGACCGUGGAGACGACCAGUACGUUCUUCGACUCCAGCACCCAGACAGAACCAUCGCCGCUGUACGACAACAAUCACUAUCAUGAGGAGUGCCUGCGUUGCAAUUCCUGCGGUCUGAACUUGACUGGGCCCAACCAGAAAAGGGCUAGGAGAUUCAAGAACCAGAUCCUGUGCGACCUGCAUUUCGCGGACGUGGCCCUAAUGGAGUGCUCCGAUUUCAUGCAGCAGCUGCGGAGCUUCAAGCCGCAAUCCUUGGGCUGCGCGGUGGCCAGGCGCAAAAGUUCCACGACGCUGAUAUUCCCGCUGCCACCGCAAGCUUGCUCAGAUGAGUUCUGCGAGGAGUAUCCGCACAACCUGAUGCCCACUCCUGGCUACUGGAUAGAGUGCUCCCGCCAGAAGAUCACCAUGCCCACCCCGCACACCAUUUGGGACGAAAGCGACUCGGAGCACGAGGACAUCCGGGCAGGAAGUGCCAGCGAUGCCUAUCUGGAGCGCGAGUGCAGCGAUCUCUACGAGGACGACGAGGAUUCCGAGGCCACGCCCAGUCCGCGAAAGAAGACCACCAUCGAAGAGCAGUGGGACCAGCAGGGCGCCUUCGAGCUGAUCUCCGUGGAGCAGGAGACGUACGAGAAGUACUUCUACGGCACGGAGCACUGGAACUACUUCACCAGCGACGAGGACCUCGGCCCGGUCAUCCUGUCCAUCAAGCAGGAGACGCUCAACGGACGGGAUCAGUUCCGCAUCCUGGUGCGGGCUGGAUCCUACACGGUGCAUGGACUGAUUCCGGCGUCAUGUGUGUUUGCCGAUAGAUAUAAUCGCGAGGAAGUAGUUAGAUCUUUAGGUAAAGAAGUUAAUUUAAAUCCACCUUUAACGUUAGGACAAUUACCCGACACGCCAGAGGAAUUAUUAAAAUUAGAUCAGGUUUUUAUAAAAUCAGAGUUAAAAGUAGGCGUCAUAUUUGUCAAAGAGGAUCAAUAUACCGAAGAACAAAUUCUGGACAAUAAUGAAAAUUCACCGCUCUUCGACGAAUUCCUCACAUUGCUGGGCGAUCGAGUUCGGUUGCGCGGAUUUGAUAAAUACAAAGGUGGCCUUGACACGGUGCACGACCUGACAGGUCUAUUUUCCGUCUACACGAACUGGCGCAACAUCGAGAUCAUGUUCCAUGUGUCCACGUUGCUGCCCUACGAGAAGCACGAUCCGCAGAAGCUCCAGAGGAAGCGCCACAUCGGCAACGACAUCGUCUGCGUGGUCUUCCUGGAGGCGGAUAACACCCGAUUCAGUCCCGCCUGCAUCAAGAGCCACUUCCUGCACACCUUCAUCCUUGUUCGCGUGUCGGCCAGAAUUAAGCACAAGCCAACUAGAUACGAGGUCUCCGUGGUGACCCGAGAUGAGGUGGGUGCCUACAAGCCCUACUUGUGGGAGCAGUCGGUGUUCGAGAAGGGGCCCAUGUUCCGGGAAUGGCUGCUGACGAAGAUCGUGAAUGGGGAGAGGGCAUCGUAUUCGGCACCGAAAUUCGCACGGAUGCAGGAGCGGACGCGAUCGCAGAUGCUCGAGGAUCUGGUGAUGAAUCUAUCGAAUCACGCCGAAACCGGACAGAUACCGAAGCCAUAUAGACGCGGCAGUUGGCGACCCAUCGGCCACAUGCGACCCUCGUCGCCGCUGCUCGAUUCCGUUCGCGAUCAGUUCGAGGAUUACGACCAGCUGGCGAAGGACUUCACCCGCGUAUUCCUGAACGAAGAACCAUCGUGCCUGACCAACUCCCAUCUCUUCGAUGUCGUGUUCCUGGUGGGUCAGUCCAAGCAGAAGGCACGAUUUAUCGGUGUUCGGGCGAUCCUCGGAGUGCGCAGUCGAGUAUUUCAGGAAAUGCUGUAUGGCAUUCAGACGGGCUUUGGAUCGCCGCAGAUUCCCGUGGCGGAGAUCUUCGCCCGGCCAGCUCCAUCGCUGGUGUCCCCGCAGAACCAGAAGCCCAAGAGCAACAACUACCUGACCGUUCCCGACUCCGAUUCCAUCCGGCCGAAGAGCGUGCCGUCGUCGCCGAUGGUGAAGCGGGCAUUCUCCCGGCUCGGCACUAUUACGGCCGGAUGGGGCAGAUCGAUUAGGAACAAGAACACCAACCAGCUGAAUCCGGAUGACAAGAAGAAGUGGAUAUCGUCGACAGAUUGUUCGAAUAGGGACAGCAAGGACAAGGACAAGGACAAGCCGGGCAACAACCAGCUGGCCAUGCCACGCCUCUCCGUCUGCGCCGACGCCCAAAAGGUCGACCGCGCCAAGUUGGCCCAAACCGAGUUCAACAUCAUCGAGUUCGAUCCGGACACAUUCCGCGUCCUGCUCGACUACCUGCACACGGGCACCUGUCCGCUGACCUGCGUCUCCAUACCAGGCUUGCUGUGUGCCGCGGAGCACUACGACCUGCCGGAGCUGCUGCAGGCGUGCUUCCACCACUGCAAGCAGUUCCUGCGCAUCGAGGUGGUCUGCCCGAUGCUCAUCUCGCUGGAGAACUACUACUGGCGCUACACAUCCGCCUCCGAGCUGGUCAACAUGAUCCUGUCGUUCGUGGAGAGCAAGGCGCACUCGCUGUUCAAAUGCCCCGAAUUCCUCCAUCUGUCCGAGUCGAUGGUGCAGAUGAUCAUGUGCCGGGAGCUGCAGACGCCCGAGAUUCGUAAGUUCGAGGCGAUGCUGGCGUGGGCCCAACACAAGGUGGGCAAACUGAAGAAUCAUCCGAACAAGGACACACAAUUCGAGUUCGAGUGCAUUAUGGAGCGGCUGACGCGGGAUCUGAACCUGUGCCGGAUCUCGCCCAGCGAACUGCUCACCGUUGUCCUGCCCUCCAAGUCGAUGAAGAACGAACGCAUCAUGGAGACGCUCAUGGUGCAGGUGAAUCUGGGCACCUAUCGGAUGCCCGAGUUGGAUGCGUACCGUCAGCAGUUGCGCCAGCAGGAGUCCGCCGAGGCCACCGUCCAGGUCCACCGGGCCAGUGUCCAUUCAUAUCACCAGAACCACCCGCCACCGAUCGAUGCCCGUGCCUAUGCCAUGGCCUCCUUGGCCGCCGCCCUCGAGAUGCAACAGAAUUCGGCACGCGAUGCCGCCGACAUGGAAGUGGAGCUGUAUGCCAGCUUCGAUAAUGCGCCGAGCACCAGUCGCGUGGCCGCCCAAAUGCAGGCCGCCAAGGAGGCGCGCCGGAAGCGGUGGGCGGCCGAUGGCGCCAGCGGGAGUAGCGGGGACGGCGGAUGCGCCAGCGGCAGCAGCGGCAGCGGUCGACGUUACUAAAUCAAGUGUGACUGAGAAAAAAUGUAAGCCUGCAAUUCAGAAAUUCGCCAUAAGUAAAAUUGACAAAAAAAAAAACAAAAAAAACAGGAAUCCGACAUCUUUUCUACGCGUUUUAUGAAA